AUGGCGCCAAAGCCAGUGAAGGGUUCGGCUAAAAAAGAUGCGGGAUACAAGAACUGGGAGAGUGCUCUGAUAAAUGAGCAGUUUGAGGAGGAUUCAUGGAAGGCCUGCGUGUCUCUGGUGGUGGAGACGUGUCCAGAGGCUGAAGUGUUGAUCCAAGCGCUCACGGCGGCUGUGCACAAACCACUGCGGAGACUUUUCUCACUCUUGACCUGGGAUGACACCCAAGCUAAGAUUCAUGAAUUUGGAAAUCCCAAGAAUAAGAAACGUGAUAAUGUUCCAAAGUUUUUUGAGGUUACAGAGCCCGCAAAAGCGCUGCUAGACGCCGGGGAAGAGAUUCCUGUAGAUCUGCUGGCAAAACUAGUCAAAUUUCAAUUACUGCAAAUUAAAAGCAGUGAUCAGCAGAGAAGACAAGCUGAGCUGAUUAAACCGACAGAGGAGAAAAGCAAAGAUCCUCCUCGCUCUGCUACUAAAGAGAAAGGAGGUGGUAAAGACAAAAAGGGAAAAGCACCUUCCCCUGUGCUGGAAAAAAAGACCAAACUAAAACGCAGGGAUGAAGUGGAGCCUCCUGAGUUCAUCGAUGACGAGCCGGAUGAUGGACCCCAGCACUACAUCUUGAUAGCGGGAUUUUACAACCCACAUUUGUUUGGGGCUCUUGAUUCCAUAGGCGUGCAGAUAUCAAAUGUUCUUAAGGUAUCGCAAGAGAAGAAACAACAACAAAACACGGAGAAUUCCCUGAUGAGGAUUGCUGCUCAGACCAAGAGGUUGGAUCAGUUCUGGUCUGGUCUGCGCUCACAUUUAGACAGUGGACCUCCUCACUCAAAGCUUCAUGAUGUAGCUUUACUCAACUACAGCAUCAGUCUGACCUCUGUGAACCUAAAAGAGCCAGACGCUACGCUAACGUUUGGAAGCCGUGUUUUUGAAGACGUAGCGUGUCUCAUCUAUGACACUCUGGACUGGAGGAGGCAGCAUCAGCACUAUCUGGACAACCUGAAGAUCACUGAUGUGCCCAGACUGACCGCACCAGAACCCCAGCCUCCAGUGGUGGUCACUCCUCUUCUGCGCUCUAAAAAGAAACUAGCACAUGAGGAAAGUCUGUCAACACAAGAAAUGAAGCCGCUCACUCUUGUUGUGGACAUGUUUCAUUAUAACAAACUGCUGGACACAGUUCCUCCUGAGGCCUGCUCCGUCCCGCUUGUGUUACACUGCAUGUUAGAACAGGUUGUUCGGACUUCAGACCCGCCUGUUCCUGCUCCCCCUGAUGACACAGAAGAAUCUACAGACUAUAACGGGCCAUUCUUAGACCAGCAGUACGUCAGCUGCCUCCUCCGUGAAUUCCUCCCUCUAGUUUACGCAGAAAAUGAGAAAAGCCACUUGCUGAACAGUUUGGUCUCUAUGGUGGCGACAAAGGAGGAGAAAAAGAGACUUUUUCAGCAGUAUGGGACAAAUGAUGAGAAAGUAACGGACCCUCAGGUUGUCAGACAUCAUGAUGAAAGAGCCCUACGCUUGAGAAACUGCAAAACAGUGGACGAGUUUAACCCUGUGGAGGUGGAGGAGAACAUGAUGAGGUUUUCUCCAGCGUUUGACCUCAUCCAGUUUGCGUCUCAGCAGAAUAACGCCUCCUGCUGGAUGGCUACCAAACAGCAGCUACAAUACUACUGCACUAACGAUGUAGUCUCCUGGCCCGAGGUGGAGCGCUUGUUUGACCAGAGUGUAUUUGAGAGCAUGGCCCUGACUCAGCUGGACCAGACGGGGGCGCUACUGAAACCCACUCAACCGCAGGACUCAUUAGGAUCAGCUCAAGACGACACAACCGCAAUUCCUUGGGACGACCCGCUGUCUUUUGCUAAACAACAGCUUCGGCGUCUGCAAAACCAAGGUCAUGACAAUAGAAUAGAAAUAAACUCUGACAUUCAAAGUUGCAGACACAGAUCUCUAUUUGACUUUCACUACACUGAACACCACUCUGCUGCUGCGUUUUCACAGGUUCUUCAAGAAGCCUCAGAGCAGUAUCGCUGCUUGGACACGUUUAGGGGAAGUAAUAAAAAUAUUCUGUACAUUUAUUGUCACAACCCGAUGGACAAGAAUCGCCAGAGCAAAGAAUCGUGGGACGUGGCUUUACACACAAACGUCAGGUUCAGGAAAUAUCUAGAAAAUGUUGCAGAUAGAAUUUCUGAAUGGAGAAAGGAAGAGGAGGUUAAGAAAGAGGCGAUGAUGAAUAAAACGCCUGUUGAAAUGUUAAAAGUGGAGGACAAAUCGCCAACUCCAAUCGUCCCAGAGCAGGAGCCAGUGAUCAGGAAAGAAUCGCUCAAAGCAUGGAAACUGGAACAAGAGCAGCUAAAACAAGAAGAGUUAUCCAAAAAAGCCAAGAAAGAACCAGCACAGAAAGUCAAACAGGGUAAAGAGGACAACGUUAAGGACACGAAGCAGAACAGGACUCAACAAAGUGCUAAGAAGGGCAGAGCGGACACGGCCAGUUCAGCCAAGACGCUCGCCGACUCCGUCAAAGUGGAUGAGAACAAGGACACCACGGAAACACAGGAAGAGUUUAAUGGGUUUAUAGGUUACGACAUGGACGGGAAGUUGAUCCAUGUUUCAGGAAAGCUUCAUCACCUUUACCCGUCAGACGGAGGAUGCAUCACGGUAGAAACGGACAGUUAUGUUGAAGGUUCCAGUCUAAUAAAAAUUGCUGUUAAAAAGGAUGGGCACAGUUUCUACACACAUAUAAACCAUUUUGUUGAAGAACUGACCACAGCGUCUCUGCAAAUUCAACCCAACGAGCUCUAUACGCCCAAACAGGACAACACAGCGUCUGCAGGAACAGUUAAAGUAAAGCAGGGCUCUCUCACCGCCGUGCUGGACGACGGCGUUCGUCUUUCUUACAGUUUCUACGGCGCGACGGGACGACGCAUAGAGGACACUCAAGAACCAGCAAUGGAACAACCUGAGAGUUUCACUAAUAAAACUGACAAUCAAAACCCAAGGGAAACGCAAUCGGAAGUUGAAACUGGGUUGGGCGCCCCCUGUUGCCCGUUUAACAGCCUCAGCGUAUCUCUCCCCAGUGGCCUCCUGCUGCAGUUGCUACGCGAGGAUUCACAAGGUCAGCGUCUGCUCCUGCCCCGUGGAGAUUAAACGAGUGUCAGAUCUGCAGAGCUGGGGAUGCUGGUCAGACAGAGCUUUUCUUUCAGUGGACAGAUUCCCGAUUUGUCGUUGUCCAAAGAAAUGUCCCGUCUGGUCACGAGUCAAGGCGCUGUAAUCCGCAAAAUGAAAGACAGAUCCACUGAGGUGCUGUUUGCAGAUGGGUCUGUGAGCUCCAGUCAGGAUUCGGGUCCUGUCUGGAUGGACACGACUGAAGAAGCUGCAGACGACGCAAAAGAACGAAGCCCCGCGCAUAAUGAAGACACUGAGAGAGGAUUCUGGUCGACAACGACGCCAUCUGGAGGCCGCAUCAGCACCGUCGGGACUCGCAACAAACGUUUACCCACCUCAUCUCUGCUGGUUUUUAAAGCCACGGAUCCAAUGACCAAAGAGGUGAUGCUGACCAGGGAAGAUGGAGUAGUGUCUGUUCAAAACCCCGAUGGAUCGAUGACGGUGGAGCACGCGGACGGGACCAGGAUCACAAGUCUCUACGAAGAGUCUCUGCCCAUUCACAGAGGAGAACGGCCUGAAAUUACAACCCUCAAGUCCUCCUCUGCCGAGCGUGAAGCGAGCCUGGAAGACCGCACUGGAGACAACACAGACUCCGUGUAUUUACAGCUGGGGAAUAAAGGAAAAGCUCAGGCCACCAUCUACGAAAACAGCCACGAGAGUUUGUCUGACAGUCGCACAAGCAGCAAAAGCGAAAACGAGUGCGUGCCCAUAAAAGAGAGAGUGUUUUUAGUGGAGAAGGAGGGAUGUGCCACUGUGGUCAUGUACCCGGACCGCCGCAUGGCUCACGUCUUCCUGGCAGAUGGUACUGUCAUCACGGGGAACAAUAAGGCGGCGUAUCAGGUGUUUCCAAACGCUUUUUCAAACGUGGGCUUACUCCAGAUCCACAGCGACGGAAAAUGCGUGUACACGUCCGACCCGCUUGACACACCCCGGCCAGGAGGAGGCGCCACCGUAAACCAGUGUGGGACGUACGCCAUGAGUCACUGCGACGGCGUGGCCUGUGAUGUCACGGAUCAGGACGGGAAUCAUUUUCAGGUGAUGGACGACGGGACCGUAUCUGUUUUAAACCUAAGCCCGGCGUCUGGCACGUUUGGGAAAGAGGAUGAAGAGGACUUAGAGAUGGCUGGAGGACGCUAUGAGCACAGCCCCAGACUUUUUAUUGCUCAUGAGAACGGCUCUGGGACUGAGCUGCUUCUCUCUCAGACGGUGGAGGAUCGGCUGUUUGAGGCGUACUCUGACCCCACUGUGGCCAUCAUGAAGGAGCCACUGCCCGACACGCAAGAUGAGUUUGGCAUCACCCUCCUGAGGCCUCGUCAUGAGAGCGUGUGGUCACGGUGGUUAUUAGCCAAACAAAAGUCAGACAUUACUCCUCCAAACCUCAGGAACCGCAGCUGGAACGACUUCCCCAGAGCAGAGAAACCACCUGCCGGGCCUCCCUUUGGCACAGACAUGGGUCGAUCUCUGUCCCUCAGCCCCAGAUGUGCUGCUUCUGUGACACAAAACGUUCCAGUGAGGAGCUGUCCCAAAGUUUUGGAGAUGAGGGAAAUGCGGCAGCACCGGCCGUUCACGUCUCCACUCAGGAACGCUCUGGACGCAAAACUCAAGGAAUACAUCGAAAGUUUAAUGGAAAAGGAGCAACGAUCAGAACAGAUGAAGAUUAAAGACCCUCGCUCCGAGAAGGAGAGCGGCCGUGCCAGUGAUCUGCUCCAGCUGGUUCUGUCUUUUGCAGAAGAAGAAGAUUCAUCACAGACCAAUGAAAAACAGAUUUCAGAUAUAAGCAGUCUUUACAUGCAAGGGAUUGGCGGACCAGUUGAAUCCGAUCCGUCUGAAGCCACAAGCACGCCAGCGAGUGAGAGUUUUGCCACUAGAAGCGACUCACAGUGGACACGGAGGCUCGUAGUGUAUAGGCAGGAUCUUUGUGAGGAGAAAACUUGCAGAGACGCUUUGAGAAAAAAAUCUGUUGUCCCCUAUUUCCAUUUGGAGAACCUUCCACUUUAUGAGAGUCUGCUUCAUCAAGAAUUAUGCAACUCAGGGAUUCAAGCUUCUCCAACGUCCCAAAAACCUGAUGUAGAGAGACAAGAAAAGAGCAAGAAAAGAACCUCUCCAAAACCCAUCAAGUCGAGCGCCUGUUUGUCACCAAGCCCCGUGGCAUUAAAGUCCUCCGCUAAAAGCCCCGCCGACUCUCCUCAUCAGACUGCAGUUUGCUCAAAGUUCUCACAACCUGCUGUGUUCAAACGUGCGUCUUGUGCGUCGUCUUUAGCCGAGAGUCGUCUGAAAACAUCGGCGCUGUACAAAUCUGUCAGUGUAGACGUGACCGGACAACCCAGAAGAUCUAAAGUCAGACUUCCAACUUGUAUCCAGACGACUAAACCCGCCAGUGUCCCCAACCACCAGUUUCUGUCUGUAGAGGAGCCCGUGAGGAGAAAGUGCCGCACUGUUUCUCUCAUAAAUCCAGACCGUGUCGUGAGGGGCUUCCACCUCCACCCGUCCCGCGUGGACUUUGGGUCGGUGCUGGAGGGAACCACCUCGUCUGUCACUGUGCUCAUGAAGAACGUGGGCGUGGACACGUGCAGGUUCAGUAUCAAACAGCCUCCUCCUUCCACUGGUCUUCGCGUCGUCUACAAUCCUGGCCCGGUCGCCGCCGGUUUGCACGUCGAGCUACAAGUCCAGCUCCUCGCCUUGUAUUCGGUCCAACCCGGAGAAACCGAGACGAGAAAAAAAACGCUCUCUCAGGACAUCGCCAUCCACACCGAGACGGACAUCAUCCACCUGCCCGUCGUCGCUAAUAUCCUUCGUGCAACCAACUCUUGGCUAAUACGGCUUUAUGACAUCUGGAGGCGGGAAAGGUCCACAGGGCGCGGCAAAAGAGCCUCCACCGGGACGUCCAAGCUCCCCGACAGCCCCCCGACGCAACCAGAUUGUGAUUCCAGAGUCAGUCUUUGA